GAAGAAAAUUCUAAUAUUUCCUGCUGUAGCCGGAAUCUCCCUUCUCUUACAAAGGCAGCAGCUCUGUUAUUGUAUCAAGUACUUCAAACCUUGGAGGACUGCUGAAGGGAAGCCAUCUGAGAUUGACUACUAAGUGACUUCUGCAAUUAAAAAAAAAAAAGGCUUUGGCGUGCGUUUUGGAGCAGGAAGAGCCCCCGGACAGUUUAUGCCUGCUGGUAGGACUCCUGGUUUACAUAGCUGUUGUGACUUGCCACAUUUUUCUGUCACCUAAUUAAGGCCAUGCCCAGCUCUCCUGUGAACAUGAGACUUCGUCAGUGGCUAAUAACCCAGAUUGACAGCGGGAAAUACCCUGGGCUGAGAUGGGAAAACAGGGAGAAGACCAUGUUCCGCAUUCCCUGGAAGCAUGCAGCCAAACAGGACUACAAGCAGGACGCUGAUGCUGCACUCUUCAAGGCAUGGGCUGUUUAUAAAGGCAAAUAUCAAGAAGGAACUGACAAAGCUGAUCCAUCAACCUGGAAGACACGUCUUAGGUGUGCAUUAAAUAAAAGCACAGAUUUUCAGGAAGUGCCAGAAAGGAGUCAACUGGACAUUUCAGAACCAUACAAAGUGUACAUGAUUUUACCAGAAGGAGGAAAGAAACCAGAGAAAGGCAGCAGCCCACAACGCGUAGUGGAGUAUGGCCAUCCCAGGUCACUGAAGCAACAGCACUGUUAUCCUGACAUCCCGUUUAAUGCUGAAAAAAGGCCACCCAGUAUAGAAAUCGAUGGUGAUUGUACAGAGACACUCAACGAGGCCAGCAGCUAUUCUGUUUUCCCAAAAAACCACAACUCUUACUCAGCGGGUCUUCCUCCAGAAAGUGUGUAUCAGGUGAAAGGAGUUUUCUGUGGAUGGCCUUCAGCUCCACUUCAGACCCCUACAGUACCAAUGGAGACAGAGCCACCAAGUUCAUACUAUGGCACGAAAGACGCACUCUACCUACCAAGUUUGCAACUCCAUAUCCAGUUGUUUUAUAGGGAUAUUCUGGUAAAGGAAUUCACAACAUCAACAUCAGAUGGAUGUCGAAUAUCUCAUGGGUUUGUUCCAGCAGAAAAUGAGAGAAUCUAUGGCCCUUCCUCUAUGGAGCAAAUACAGUUUCCUUCCCCUCGUAUAAUUACAGAUGAAGCCUCUAAGUCUGUGGCAGAAGCAAUGGAACGACUGCUUCCACACUUAGACAGAGGGGUGCUUAUAUGGGUAGUAACAGAUGGGGUAUACAUUAAGCGCUUUUGCCAGGGUAGAGUAUACUGGUGUGGCCCACUGGCACCGUACACAGAACAGCCAAACAAGUUGGAAAGAGAACAAACCUGCAAACUCUUUGACACACAAAAGUUUCUGAAAGAACUCCAAACAUUCAUGAACCAUGGGGGACCAAAGCCUCGAUAUGAAAUUGACCUGUGUUUUGGAGAAGAGUAUCCUGAUCCCAACACACCAAAGACCCGGAAGCUGAUCAUGGCACGUAUUGAACCAGUAUUUGCAAGAGAUCUGUUUCUUUAUGCUCAGCGACUGGGUCCAGGAUCCUUACACAUGUUGCAGCAAGCCAGUUCACCCAGUCAGAAUACCCUACACAAUAUUUUAAAGCAGCUCUGCCAGCAGUGAUAAAUAACAGACCACUGUUCAGAAGUUUCAAGUUCUAAACCAACCUCAGGGUAUAAUAAUUUCUUUGAUAUAACACCAUGUAGAAGACAUUGUCAGAACAAAAGUGGCCCAUGAUAAACUUAUUUUGACAGCAGAAGACCUCCAUACACAUUGGAUUAUGUCUUCAGUGAAAAAUGAUUUCUUAUUUACAAAAAAUGAAUACUUAUCUGGUCAAACAAAGAUCAAUGGAGCAAGUUUGAGUAUGCCUCUGGUUUCCAAGGAGUGAAAGAACAAUGGCCCCACAGAUACAAUAUUUGCGCUCAACAAUAAAAAGAAAAAGGUAGAAUGUCUCAUCCUGAGCAGAACACUGAUCUAUGGGGCUCUGUGAUUGUCACUGUAUUUUCUUUUUUUUCUAAAAUUAUAGUGUUUUUAUUUCAAAACUGUAAAAAGAGAAAAAAGGGGGUAAACAGCUGCCUGCCCUGCUGGUGUCAGUAUAUGAGAAGGUAUUUAUUUAAAUCAUAUGUCUAUCUGU